GCACUCACAACGUUGCUCUCUGCCACCCCGCUUCCUGCAAAUUUGAGCUCAGCCGCCUGCGACCAUCUCCUCAACCGAUAGUAUCUGUCUGCCGACCACAACUGAGCUAUCUCCUGAAAUCGACAAGCACGACACGUCACUGAGCGCAUAUCCUAUCGCGAGAUUGAAGAUAUCUAUUGAAGACCUCUGAGACCAUGAACCGGCACCAUCCAUACGGAGGAUCCUAUGACGGUCCACCCCGCAGAGGUGGACCCCCCGGCAACUAUGGGCCUGGUCCUGAUAGAUCCCACCGCUAUGACCGGGGCGGCGGCGCCCCAAGAGGAAGAGGUUUCGGCCGCGGCCGUGGCGGUGGUCAUGGCUCGUACGGCGGUGGCUACGGUAAUGCAGCCCAGUAUGAUCAAGGUCCCCCGCAAGGCCAAAUGGGCGGCUACAACAAUAAUUACCAGUCAAUGCCGCCACAAGAUCCUUACUAUCAGAACGGCAACUAUGCUGCUCCUGGUCCCGGGCAGUACAACGCGCCAGAUCCAUCUGGCGGCUUUGAUCAGGGUUAUGGCUUUGAAGAUGGUUCGGACCAGAACUACAAUCAGGGUGGCGGCUACGGACGAUCCCCACAGAAAAAACCGCAGCGUCGCGAGCGAGACGACAAGGUACACGACUCCAUCAUUGAGGAACGAUUGCAACGCGAGCGACCUUGCCGCACCCUCUUCAUACGUAACAUCAAGUACGAAACUAGCAGCGACGAUGUAAGACGGCUGUUUGAGGAGCACGGUGAAAUCAAGACGUUCUUCGAUUUGAUCGCCAACCGAGGAAUGGUCUUCGUAACAUAUUUCGAUUUGCGGGCUGCCGAGAGAGCGCGGGAUCGAUUGCAAGGGUCCGAGAUUAGUGGUCGUCCUAUCGACGUUCACUACUCCUUGCCACGAGACGACAACGGCAAAGGCGCAGAUCGGCAACGGGAGCAGGAGCUUCAAGGAACAUUGCUCGUCACUCUUCGCUCCCCGUCCAACCAACCUAUCGAUGACGGGGAGGUACGUCAUAAAUUCCAGCAAUUCGGGGACAUCAAGGCCGUCGGGCCUUCAGGCGACCGCCCUGACCAACGCUUCGUCGAAUACUACGACACGAGGGCGAGCGAGGAGGCACACGACCGACUUCGUCACCAAGGACUUCAAGAUGGCGUAAUGGAGAUCGUUUUCGCAGCCUCCGGCGGCGAUGACCCCCGUGGGGGUUCACCUCGCCGUGACCGGGAAGAGCAUGGAGGUUUCGAAAGACAGCGUGACUGGGAAGAGCCGAAUACCCGUGGUCGUCGCGGCGGCCGUGGCGGCCGUGGAAGGGGUCGCGGGUAUGGCGGUGGCGGUGGCGGCGGCGGCGAAGAUUAUGGAGGCGACCGGCGGGACUGGAACCGCGACCGCAAUCGUUCUAACGAAGAUGAAUUCGGCCGGGCCCCGCGUGGCGGUGGUGGUGGGGACUUCAACAACCGGGGCGGCCAUAGGUCCAAUGGAUCCGGUUCCUAUGGAGGUGGCCCUGGCUAUGGUGCACCACCCCCCACGUAUGGCCAAUCUUCAUCGGCUCCUGCAGAGGCCGCAGAUGAACGCGAACGCCUUGAGCAGGCGAAGAAGGUUCAGCAGUUACUGGCCGCACUGAAACAACCCCAAGCUGCUGCCGCACCUCCUACUCCUACUCCUGCGGCUCCUCCUGCGCCGCCGGCGAUGCCCCAGAUGCCGCCAGCUCCCGCAGCCCCAGCGCCCUACUACAACCAGAACGGGAUGGGUAUGCCACCCCAGCCGCCGGCGUACGGUGCCAACCACAGCGCAGCUCCGCCCGCGAACCCAUAUGCUUCGAUGUCGUCGCCACCACAGCCUCAGCAGCCUCCUCAGAGUGCUUCUGCCGCAUCUAUCCCAGGCCUGCCUCCGAACAUCCUGGCCCUGUUACAGCAAGGCAGUCAGGCCCAGCAGUCGCCUGCGCAGACUGGGUCCCUGCCGCCGCCGAUGCCCCCGUACAGCAUGCCCCCUGCGUCGGCCAUGAUCGGGGCUCAGCAGGCUCAGCAGCAGCAGUCACCGCCGAUGCCUGGCAUGCCCCCUUCUGCCGCAAGCCAGCCUGGCUACGCGCAGCUUAUGGCUUACCUUCAAUCCCAGAAACGUUAGAUGGGUUUCUGAGAGCUCGCUGCUCCUUUUCUUGCGCUAUCUUAUCCUAAGUAUGUUCGUGUACAUGACCCCAGCUCCUCC